UUAUUUCAGAGCGCAGCUGAGCCAGCCCGCUCCUCAACACUCUGCCGUCUGCACCGCUGUGGCUGGGACCGGGCAGUGCUGCACAUCCCAAAGGCCACCAAGUCACACCCGUGUCCCUGCUGCUUUGCCGGGAGCUUCUGCGAUGCGAGCGAUGUUUUGGGGGCUGAUCUCUUGGACUGCAGCUACUCCAUGCCUGACCGGCAGCUGGUCAGGAGGGUUGCGUCCCAGGUGGAAUUCCACCUCUCUGACGAGAACCUGGCCAAGGAUGCUUUCCUCCUGAAACAUGUCCAGAGGAACAAGGUGGGCUUUGUCAGCAUCAAACUGCUGACGUCCUUGAAGAAGGUAGGCAGCCCGUUGCGUUGGCCAGCCGGGGUGGGAGUUUCUUCGACCGGCUUUUCGGUAUCAUGGGUCCCCAUCCCUGAGUCCCUGCUGAGCAUCCACCCCAGCAAACUGCUGCUGGCCUGGGAGCUGCUGCUCCUGGAGCAGGACAUGCUGCUGCUGCUCCAGAAGAAUUUCCUCAAGACCAUCACGAGGAUGUUCAGCCCCUUCGGCACCAUCGCCUCCAUCCGCAUCCUGCGGCCAGGCCGCAAGCUGCCCUCAGGUGUGCGGAAAUACACGUCAGACUUCCCCGAGCUGCUGAGCAAGCACUGCGCGCUGGUGGAGUACAAGAGCCUGGGGAGCGCUUCAGCCUUGAGGAGCCUUGAGGACCUCGGCCGCCAGAGCGGUCCGCGUGGCGAGAGCAUCAGGGUGGUCCGGCUCUGCGGGAAGGGCUCCAAGAAGACACCCGGGGCCGAGAGGGAGGUGGCGGAGGAGCUGGUGGACCAGCCGGGUUGGAAAGCGCAGGCGGUGGCCGCGACCUUCCCCGACAGCCUCGGGGACUCCCUGCUCUGCAGCUCCCCGGAGCUGAACGGUGCCCAGGCGUUGCCACCCCUCCUCCUGCACAAGGACCCCUCGGCACCCUCCCGGCCCGGCAGCAACUUCAAGCCCAGCAAUUUCGGCAACGGCUUCAAUGGAUUGCUCCUCGCCAGCAAAGUCUUCCCUCCACUGGGGACAGGCUUGGGCACAGGCAGCUGCUACGGCCUCUGCUCCAGCACUGAGAGCACCCGUGGCUGCGGCUGGGGGAGUGGGGUGGGUGCCUGGGCACCCUGGCCCAGCAGCCCCUCUCCAGAUGCCAAACCUCUUGCCGGCAAUCCUCCGGCAGCGACGUGGGUGCCUGAGCCCCUCGGCCUGCGGGAUGCGGUGCUUUGCCUGCCCCACUGUUGUCCCAAAAGUGGGGUCGUUUACCCGGUGUGCAAAAUGCCAAUAUAGACACAGAGCAGAGGUAUUUUAUUCCAAUUCAUGUUUACGCAAAGAUGGGGGCUAGGUGGUAA